GCCUCCUUCAGUGUCGCUUCUAUUUUGACAGCUACAAAACUGUAAAGCAGUAGUUUCCCAUUAAUUUCCCUUCUUUUGGUAUCGUUUCGACCGACCGCCCUGGAUUUUACGCUUAUGAUGAAGUGAAAAGCAAUGAUGGUGGUUAAUUCAGUGUACUGGUUUCGCAAAUGUCUUCGUUUACACGAUAAUCCGGCGUUGCAGGAGGCCCUCAAUGGAGCGAAUACAGUGCGUUGUGUUUAUAUCCUGGACCCGUGGUUCGCUGGCGCCGCCAACGUGGGAAUCAACCGAUGGAGGUUUCUGCUGGAGGCGCUGGAGGACUUGGACUGCAGUCUGAAGAUGCUCAACUCCCGAUUGUUUGUAGUCAGAGGGCAGCCUGCAGAGGUUUUUCCAAGGCUGUUUAAGGAAUGGAAAAUGACAAGGUUGACGUUUGAGUACGACCCGGAGCCGUAUGGGAAGGAGAGGGACAAUGCCAUUAUCAAAAUGGCCCAAGAGUUUGGCGUGGAGACUGUUGUCAGAAACUCUCAUACCCUCUAUAACCUGGACAGGAUAAUAGAGAUGAACAACAACAGUCCUCCACUGACCUUUAAGCGUUUUCAGACAAUUGUAAGCAGACUGGAGUUGCCCAGGCGACCCCUGCCUCCCAUCACCCAACAGCAGAUGGACAAAUGUCAUACUAAAAUAGCUGACAACCAUGAUCAGCUAUACAGUAUACCUUCUCUGGAAGAAUUAGGUUUCAGGACUGAGGGUUUGCCUCAAGCAGUGUGGCGUGGAGGAGAGUCUGAGGCAUUGGACAGACUAAACAAACACCUGGAUAAAAAGGUGUGGGUGGCUAAUCUUGAGCACCCUCGGGGCAACAUGUGUUCUUUGUAUGCCAGUCCAACCGGCCUGAGCCCAUAUUUGCGUUUUGGCUGCCUGUCCUGUAGGGUCCUCUACUACAACCUCAGGGAACUCUACAUGAAGCUCCGGAAGCGUUGCAGUCCUCCUUUGUCCCUGUUUGGGCAACUCUUAUGGAGGGAAUUCUUCUACACUGCUGCCACUAAUAAUCCAAACUUUGACCGCAUGGAAGGAAACCCCAUUUGUGUUCAGAUUCCAUGGGACCAGAAUCCAGAAGCACUCGCCAAAUGGGCUGAGGGCCGGACUGGUUUCCCCUGGAUCGACGCCAUCAUGACACAACUCAGACAGGAGGGCUGGAUCCACCACUUGGCCCGGCACGCUGUGGCUUGUUUCCUCACCAGGGGGGACCUGUGGAUCAGCUGGGAAAGUGGCAUGAAGGUGUUUGAGGAGCUGCUACUAGAUGCAGACUGGAGUGUAAAUGCUGGCAGCUGGAUGUGGCUGUCAUGUAGUGCCUUCUUCCAACAGUUCUUCCACUGCUACUGUCCUGUUGGCUUUGGAAAAAGAACUGACCCUACAGGAGAUUACAUCAGGCGUUACGUUCCCAUCUUGAAGGACUACCCGAACCGGUACAUCUAUGAGCCAUGGAACGCCCCUGAGUCAGUCCAGAAGGCGGCAAACUGUGUGGUGGGAGUGGAUUAUCCAAAACCAAUGAUCAACCAUGCCGAGGGCAGCAGACUCAACAUUGAGAGGAUGAAACAAGUUUACCAGCAACUCUCACAUUACAGAGGACUCAGUCUGCUCGCAUCAGUACCAACAAUCCAAGAGGAGGCCGAGCCACCAAUGACUGAUGAGUCUCAGACCAGCAGUGGCCCUGACUCGCCAUCCAGAGUUAUUGAUGAUGAUGCAGCUCGCUGCUCUACAGCCCCUGAUUCAUCCACUGUCUGUGCACCUUCCAACACCGUUCCAGACCAAGAACUGGAAGGAGUGGAAGGAGAUGGAAUGAGUUGCCAAUCACAGGCACACGUUAAUUCAUUAGAUUCUCACACGCAUCCUUUUGCAGCCAUAACAUCAACAUGUGCAGGCUAUUCAGCUGCGGUAGGGUCCCCUCCUUCACCAGGUUUGACACAGGCCCAGAGCCCCCCCAUGUCAAGGUCCAAAACAACCUCACCUUCCUCAUCAUGUUCCAUAAUACCCCCGUCCCCAAGUCCAGCUCUAGUCCAAACUCAUACCUCUUCUUUGGGGUCAAGAAGAAAAAGCUUUACUCGUAAAGUGCACCGUGGCCAGAGACAACGAGGGCGACAGAACUGCCCUAGAGGGCCCAGAGAGGGAGAAAAAAGAGCUGAUGAGGGAGAGACAGAGAUAGCAGGAGGGGAUGAGAAGAUGGAAGAAGGUCUAGAGAUGGACGAGGAGAGAAUGGAGGAGGAGACUUAUGCAGGACAUGCGCAGUAAUAUACAGUACAAGAGUACCUUCAUUGCUGGAGGAAACAAAGCAUGAUAUUACAUUUUGGAGAAAUGUCCCAUUCUAUUCAUUAUUCUUUUAUAUAUUAACAAAUGAUGUAAUGCUGCUAAUGAGUUUUUAUGGGUGUCUCGCUUGAGUGAGCAAACGUUAGUGGUCAGUGUUGUAUCGUUUUCCCAGGAAGAGUUCCAAAUGUUCAUCCUGGAAAAUUUCUCAUUCAGACACUCACCGGACGCAUGGAACAAGUGCACAAUCUAAUGAUAUCUACCGGUAAUAUAAGAGCCAUAAUGUAAAUGUAAAUGUUUACUUGGUUGCUCACCUGUGACUCUGAACAGGAUAAGAACAAGAACCGGAUCCAAAUGUCUUACUUUACAAAUAUGGUAGUUAAUUGUUUCAGUUGUAGUUUACUGUGGCAUAGAACUGCAUGUUCAUACUGAGAGUUACUUAUUUAGCCUCUCGUGUAGAAAAGAAGGUAACCAAAAUUCUAUAAAUUACCUAUACAUGCAUACAGCUCUCAGUAUGAUGGAGUGCAGUUGUACACCACUGCAAGCUUCAGCCAUUAAUUCAUAGCCUGAUUGUGCAGCUGUACCUAAUGAAGUGUCUGGUGAGUUUGUAUAGCUGAAAGUGGAAGCAGUAAAACCGUUUUAGUUGCUUGGAUAUAAAUCAUCCAUUGUCAUGUCAUGUCAUACCCCAAAACAAGUUUGGAUGACUGUAAAUGAGUUAAGUAAAUCAUAAUUCAGGGAUGGAUAUUCACACAAAUCCCCAGCAUUGCCUUGUUUAACAAUACAAUACAGUACAACCUU